CUCCCCUAAUCUUAUCAUUGGUAGGAUAACAAACUAGAACAGAUGGUUCAAAUGACAUUUUUACACCAGCUUCGUGAUUCAUUCAUUAUGAAUUCAGGUAAUAGAACCUUUACAUGGAAUUCUCCAUUACUCAAUUCUCAGCAUGUGUUUCCAAUUUUAGCUAAAGGACAUUAGUUUUUUGUUGACAUAUUUAACGUUAUUGGCACUUCAGGACAUUUUCUUUUUACACUGCAAGGACACUUGUGUGAAUUUUUAUCUGGAGGUAUAAAAUUGACAGUUCUUUUAUCAUUGUGUCUGAUUACCAGGUGAUCUGAGACUCAGUCUAUCAGUAUUGUGACUGUGGAUAAUUAUUUGUUUGGAAAGCGAACAUUCCUCUGGAGACGUUUUAUGCAGCAACACUGAAUAGUGAGUUAUGAAGGAUUGGGAUAGAUGCCACAACUGCAGUUCUAAUUUGGAUUGUACUAAAUCACAGAAUUUUGUCAAGAGGAAGCGUACAUAUUCUAUAAAGAUGAAUUCUUUAACAUUCUUAUCCCUAGGAUUUUUACUCAUUUCACAAUGUGUAGCACAGGAUUUUAAGUUAGAUGUAGAAAAUUUAGUGAAUUCUUUGGAUUUUAAAAAACCAGGAAAGACGGAACCAGUAGCUUUACAUUGGGGAAUAGCGGAUACAUCAGCUGUAGUUGGGAAAAUGUUUAAUUAUGUCAUACCUAGUGAUGCCUUUAAAGGAGAUAUAAUCAGUUAUAAGAUUAUGGAAGUUGGCAAAGAUGGAUUACCAGUAUGGUUACAUUUUGAUAGUAAAAAUCACCAAUUGAAAGGCAUUCCAAGUCCAGGCGACCUUGGACAACAUUACCUCGAAGUUGUAGUCAAAGGAUUUAAAAAUUCUGUAGCCAAGGAUGUUUUCUCAGUUACUGUAACGGGAGAAUCCCCAGUCCUUAAAUAUACACCAUCAAACUCACAGAACGGGAAACCACAGGUUGUCAGAUGUAGACGAGAAGUUCCAGAAACAGCUGUAACUAUUGUUGUUGAUGCCGAUCUAGAAUCUUUACCAGCUUUAAAUAGAUUAGACUUGGUCAAUUCUGCCGCAUCCUACCUCGGCCUAGCGAAUGAUAUGAUGAAACUGCUUCCAAAGGGAGAUAAACCAAUGAUUGAUAGCUCUACUUUAGUGGCUGGAUCUGGUAAUAUCAAAGAACCUAAACAUACCGGUGUGCAAGUGUCAUGGCUGGUUGGUUGUGGACAAGUAGAGAAGGAUCACAUGCCAGUUCUACAUCAUGUUGAAAAGACAGCUCUUAAUGGUAGCUUGGCACAUGCAGUUGGUUAUCAGAUAAGUGGUUGGCAAGUAACCAAUACACUUUUUCAGGAAGCUCCACAUAGGAGAAGAAGAGCAAUUAGAGCAACAGCUACUCCAGCUGUGACAAGGGGUCCACCAACUGUUUCAGAAGUUGUAACAGUUACUGACCCAAUCAAACCAACAGAUACAGAGGAACCAAUGACCAGAAGUAUCCCUAUAAUGGUCUCCCCAUCAAUGGAUAUCCAUCCGACAAAGUCUGUUGUAGUACCACCAGCAACUCCAGAGCCAACAGAAAUGAUGACGAAAGUUGUCACCAAAGCUACUCCAAUCAUGCCACCAACAACACCAAAAGGUACACCUCAACCAGUCCCAACAAAAACAGAAAUCUUACCAACUAAAACACAUGUCAUGACAGCAGCACCACCUACUGAUUCUAAACCGGAACCUACACCACCUAAAACUGAUACAGAGUCUACCAUGAUUGAUAACACACCGAAAUGUGAUGAUGGUAGUCCGGCAGCUCCUGUUAGAAAAGGCAAAAUGAACGAUAUUGUAUUUACCGCAGGAGAAUCUAGUGUGAUUGUAGUUCCUGAUGAUUUGUUUUAUGAUUGUAUGGAAGGGUCAACAGGUCAAUUACGUUUGGAUUUAUUCAUCGAUGGCAUGCAAGUCCUAGAUCCAAAUUCAUGGAUUGGUUUACAAAGAAAAAAUAACAAGUAUUAUAUCACUGGAGCACCGCUUGCAAAUGACAUAGGAAUGAAAAGUUAUAGAAUUACAGCACAAAACAGAAAAGGACUCUUCCCUCCUGCAUUUGACAAUUUCAUGGUGACAGUUAAAAAAUCAAAUGUUAAAGCUCUUGAAAGUCCUUCACACGAGUUGGGAUUAGUCUUAGAUGAAGAUUUUGAUGAAUUUACUGUUGCCAAAAGGAUGAUUCUGGUUAAUCAAAUUAAGAGAAUAUACCGUGAUGAUAGCACUGAUAACAUUAGUAUACUGAAAUUUGAACGAGGAUCAGUGAAAUUUGGCUGGACAAAUAACACCCUUCCUACAGACUAUUGUCCAAUAGAUGGCAUUAAAAAGGUGGUUGGCAAACUUGUUAAGGAAGAUGGUCAAUUAACAGAUAGGGCCAAGCGUAUGUUAAAGGACUUUUCUGUAAACAAGGCUACUUCACAGCCUAAAGGAAAAUGUAUGAAUAAUCCAGAUUUUCCUGUCCAUGGUGAAGUUGUAUUACCAAUUGAUCCCAUUCCAGAUUAUAAAACUCCAAAGCCUACGCCUAAACCAACAACAUUAACUCCAAAGAAAGAGGAACAGGAAAGUGAUGAUGAUAUGUUGAUAACCACUGUUGUUCCUGCCGUUGUCAUAAUCAUCAUCCUACUUAUUGCUUUGUUUAUUGCAUGUUGUUUGUACCGUAAGAGAAGGAAAGGAAAGAUGUCAUUGGAAGAUAAAAAUACAUUUGUAAACAAAGGAGCACCCAUUAUAUUCCCUGAUGAAUAUGAUGAGAAACCUAAUGAUGCAAACAAACCUUUGAUAAUGGAUGAUGAAAAACCACCAAUGCCACCUCCUGAGUAUACUCGUGCAUCCAGUGAAAGCUCCCGGUCGUCAGAUCAUAAAAAUGAGGAAUAUGAAGAACAUGAUAUGACUGAUAUGAGUUCUCCCAUGAUUCAACCUCCACCUCCGAUACAUAGUUCUGGUGGAAACAAACAACCUAGACCUCACAUGCAAACUGCUUACAAUAACAAGCCUGCUCCAUAUGUGCCACCGUAAUGUAAAAGGCUUUUAUAGAUCAAUAGUUUAAAUAAAUUUGAUGAGGACUUACGUGCUAACAUACUGCAAUAUUUCCAAAAACAUAUAUAAAUAUACAUGUAUACAUGUAGAAAACUGCGACGUUCUCCAAGGAUCUCACUGAGUCGGAGACGGACACUGUCUUGGGCUCGUCACAUUUCACCUGUUAUCUGUACACUUUAUAGAUGCAUGGAUGUGAAGUAAAUGAUUGAUGGAUGACUUUCUGAACUGUUAAUUGGUAAAUUGUAUGAAGUGACAGUAACGGGAAUGUUAACACAAGGUUGUCUUAAAAAUGGUGAUUCUGACCAAAGAAAGCAAUGCAAAACAAUGUACAAGAUUUGUUAUAUUUUUAUGCAAAAUGUUGUGAUUGAACUUUAAAUGAAUUGAAGGCAUUCAGAAGAUAAACAAAAUUGUCUGUCAGUUCAUAAAUUUACUUUACAAAAUUGUCAAUUUAUCUAAUCUUUUAUAUAUUCAAAUUAGGAUCUUAGUGCCUAGUUUUCUGUGUAACAGUGUUCAGGAUUUUUAUGUAGUUUUUGUGUUAAAUAUUGCUUUAAGAUUCAGUUUAUACAUGUAUUUCCAUUGGGAUUUUUUUCUCAUGCUCUCUCUCCUCUCUUAACAUGUUUAAAUGGUAUAUAUACUGUUUCAUAAAUGUUCUGGGUGUUUGAUAAUAUCACAGCUAUGAAACAAAAUGUAUAUGUUCUAAAUGUCUGUACAUGUCAAAACCUGUUAAAUAGGCCAUUCAAAAAGUAUAUGUGAUAUGGCCAAAUUGUUUGAAAAUGUGUUGGCUAAAUGAUAGCUUUUAGAUGUUGGGUCCAACUUAAGUGGACCAAUUAUUCCAGGUCAAAAAUCCAGCAAAAUUCGCAUCAUAGGGUAAAAUGUUUCAUUCAGUCUUCUAUGUCAUGUUUUUAACCAAAAACACUGCCCUAAAUGUAUGUUUUUAGUCUCACAUUAAGGAUUGCUCACAUGAGAAUUUUUAGCCACAAAAUUAUGUCAUCUCAUAAACUCAAACAAAGUCCAAAGAUGUGAUACUUCAUAUCCACCUGAUAAUUUCCCCCCAUCAACUGUGUAUACUGGUAUUAAAUUAAUAUAUCUCUUUAUUCACAUGUAUAAACAUGUAUUUAAAAAUGAAAUCCUUUAUUUUUCCAAAUUAAUGAUUUUUCGAACCUUUUAUAUCUAUGGUUAUUUUCUUUAAAAAAAAUAUAAAUAAGAGAGAUAUAUUUGUUGCUUUUUUCCAUCUUCAUAUUAUUUAUUAGUAAAACAUUUAUGUAUUCAGAUUAGUGCUGUUAUGAUUUUAUGUUUUGUACUAUUACACCACUAUAGGUAUCAUCUAGCGUCUUGUGGUACAAAAACUUUACCUGUCUAAAGAGGACACUGUCAAGAGAAACCACAUUUUUCUACUGAGGCCUAUUCAUAGUGUCAUUACAAUUCAUUUUUCAUACUGAGUGUAUAUGUUUCCAAUAUAUGUGUUAUAAAAGAUUUUUCCAUUGUAUGGUUUUCCAAGAUUGAGAAAAGUGGUUUCUCUAGACAGGUCUAUUGUUGUACAGGAUUUGUAUGUAUAGAAUGUCUUCACAAUAAAAAGAACAUGACAAGUUUCCUAUAUCCAAUACAAUAACAAUACUCAAGACUAUUUUUUUAUCAGGGAUCAUAUGAUAUUCAAUAUAGGAAAAGAAAAAAGAUUUCUGUCCAUGUUUUAUGCAAAUCACAAAAUUGGGACUUACUGUAAAUCAACUAAUUUUCGUGAGCGAUUUAUUUUCGUGACUUUCUGGAGUAUAAAAAAGCAUGAAUAUAAAUCGUCCCGAACAUGUAAAAAUUGGAUCUUUCCUUAUUUAACUACAUCAAGUAAAUUAGAAAAUUGCAAAAUCAAAUCUCUGCGAAGUGGACUAGAAAAGGUUACACGCGAAAUAAAGUAUCCGCAAAAAUAAGUUGGUUUACAGUACUUUUAUGAGCACUUCAUAUUGAACUAAAUAGAAGUGUGUAUGUACUUGGAAAAUUCAUAAAUAACAGUUCCUGAAUUUUAUGACAUUUUACUUGAUAGGUUGUAAUUACAGAAGACAUAGAUGAAGCCUUCUUAAAAUAAACUAAUUGUUUCUGUUGUUAUUUGUCAUUUGUGAUGAUAUAUAUUUGUAAAUAUUGCAUUCAAUUGAUGUGAUGGACGAAUGAAUUUGAUGUUAUUUUAGUGCCUAUGAUAAUGUGACUAAGAAAAGAAAUAAAAUUUUGCCUUUUGCUAGUUGUUUUGUAGAUGUAUUUUAGUUUUUCUUACUUUUGCAACAGCAACUUGUUUCAUUUUACAAAUAAGACUUUGCAUUUAUUUGACCACCUUCCAUGCAAAUUCAAGUAGCUUGUCGUUUCAUAUUUUAAAGAAGAAAAUCAACAUUCAAAUUAAACUACUGUGGAUUCAUUAUUAUUCGUUGGAUACCAAUUUUCGUGGUUUUCGUUGGUAAAGGUAAACCACGAAUUUAAAUGUUCAACGAAUGACAAAUUUUGUAUCAGGUUGUAUGCAGACUUUGGCAAAACCACGAAAUCAAAUAUCCAUGAAAAGACAAGUUUUCUGCAUUCCACGAAAAUUGCUACCCACGAAAAUAAAUGAAUCCACAGAAUGCUUUUUUUCACAUGAGGUUCAUAGAUUUUUAUACAUAUAAUGUAUACACUCUUGAGGAGAAAUCUUUCUGUGUAUAAAAUAUCAUAUUGAUUGCAGGGAGGAAAUGUUUUAUCUGACACAUACAUAUUUUAAAUGAAAAUAAAACUUGCCAAUGUCAUUAUACAUAUGUUUUAGUAAUUUUUCUUAUUCUUUUAUCUAUUUAUUAGAAUAAUUAUAGAAGAUGUUUUGAUACAUUCAUCUCUAUCUGUCUGUAUAAUUAGUUCAUCCAAGGAGCAUUUCUAUUCUUGUUUAAUAAAAGCCUCAGACUUUCUGGAGAAGCAAACUAAUGGUAAAUGUAACAUCAUUAAAAAAAUCAAUGUUAAGAAGAUUUAUUUUUCAUUAACAGACAUGUUUCACAAAUUCAGCAGAUAAUUGCAAUACCAUUAUUGAAGCAAAAGAGAUCUACAACAAUUUCAAAUUGAAUCUCCCAAAAGACUUUUAGAUGCCUUUCAUUAUAACAAUAUAAUGCAAUGAUGAAUGUCAUAUUACUCAACAAAUGCUUAUAAGCAUGGGGAAAAGCUUUUCCAGAUACUUUAAUAUCUUUUUAGGCAAGACGACAUUUGCCAUUGCUGAACAUGGAGGGAAAUUAAUUGGAUUGAAUAUUUAAUUCUGACAUUGUAUUUGUUCACCAAUUCACCAUUCUUUUCUCUAUGUUUUUUCCCCAAAGACUUCAAUCUGUAACAUAUACAUUUUACAUAAGAACAUCUAUAUAAUAUAUCUUACAUAUUUUAUCUGUAUUCAAUCUUCCUUGUAUGUGCCAUACAUAUAAUUUCAUUAUUCUUCAUAAACACUGUAUGGAAGAAGAUAACACUGGACCUAAAUAAAUGAAAUCAAUUGUAUUUAUGGAAUUUUCAAAGGGAAAUAACUUGGAUUUUUUAAAUAUCAAAGGGACAUAACUUUCCUAGCUCCAUGUGGGAUUGUAAAAACAGAUGGAAGUACAAGUACAAUGUCCACUAAUGGGAGUUAAAAAAGAAAUACCACUGAUCACAAAUUUGUCCACUGUUUUAUUAGUGAUUAUUUUAUUUUGUGUUCAGUGUUUUCGCUGGAAGUAUUAUUUAUGUUUAUUAUUAGUGAGGUACACUACAAAUUUUAUUGUAUUGUAUGCUGUUGUAUAUUGAUUUAUUUUCAUCCAAGCAUGAUAAAAUAAUAAAUAUUCAUAAUACAA